AUGGACUCAAGGAUGAAAGGUAAUGUGAAGGAGAGGCAAGAAGACUCAAGUCCUGAGAGUGUCCUUGUACAAUGUCAGAGUCUUGGGAAGCAAAAGAAGAAGUGGAGUGUUGCAAAGGACAAGAAGGAAUGGGGUGUUGGAAAAGACAAGAAGGAAUGGGGUGUUGGAAAGCACAAGAAGAAGUGGACUCUUGGGAGACCUCACGAGGUCUGUUGUUUUGAAAACGAAUCUUACUCUAGAAGUGGCAGUGGGAGUCGCGUCCUGAACGCGUUCCUCUGCACUGGCAGAAUCUCACGAGAGAUAUCGCGAGAAGACACAACUGUCCUCAGUGAUGAACUUGGGAGGUCUCUUGAUACGAAGCAGAUAGAGAGAGGUGUUUUCCUUCGAAUUGGACAGGAUCAAGGUUGA